AGUGGGCAUAAACUUAUGGAGGGGAAACUGAUGAUUUUGCUCCCUUUGAUCGUCUUCUUCUCCACCGUUGAAGCUCAGCAACAUGUCGAGAAAAUGCAGCAUCACCAAAAUUCCGAUUCCUUCACAUUAGAGUUAGUCCACAGGCACGCUUUUCAGUUCACCAACAACAAGCUUAAAACUCGGCAAGAACGCCUCGAGGACCUUCUCCAUCGUGACGUUAUCCGCCACCGUAUCGCCUCCCACAGAGUGCAAACCCGAAGAAGAUCCGGAGAAGCCAUCUCAGCCUCGGCUUCCACCGAAAUGCCGCUCGCCUCGGCUGUAGAUUACGCGAUAGCGCAGUACUUUACGACACUUAACAUCGGGACUCCGUCGCAGAAGUUCCGGUUGGUGGUCGACACGGGGAGCGAUCUGACGUGGGUGAGUUGUCGCUAUGGAUGUUCGGGACGUGGUGGUGAUUGUAGCAGAAAGGGGAGGAUGAAGGGAAAUAGGGUGUUCCAUGCUCCUUCAUCUUCUUCCUUUAGCCCCAUCCCUUGCGCCUCAGAGAUGUGUGAUGUUGUUGCCAGCCCCUUCACUCUCACAACAUGCCCUACGCCACUCACUCCUUGUGCCUAUGCUUACAGUUAUGUAGAUGGGUCAGAAGCAGUGGGAGUCCUAGCGAACGAGACCAUAACUGUUGGUCUUACCAAUGGUAGAAAAACGAGGCUCCGUAACGUGGUAAUUGGAUGCACUAACUCUUACAAAGCCUCAAUUGGCCACAUCGAUGGCAUCUUGGGGAUAUCCAAUACAAAGUAUUCUUUCACAACGUAUGCUGCAGAGAAAUUCGGUGCAAGAUUUUCUUAUUGCCUGGUUGAUCAUCUCAGCCACUUAAACGUCACCAAUUACCUCACCUUCGGCAAACGUCGAAACCAAGUGAAAGUGUUGGGCAACACUCGCUAUACCAGGCUGGAACUCGACGCCAUCCCUUCAUUUUACGCUGUAAAUGUUAAGGGAAUCUCCAUCGGUGGCAAAAUGUUGGAGAUACCUAUGAAAGUGUGGGACACGACACAAGGCGGUGGAAUGAUCAUCGAUUCCGGCACCAGCUUGACAAGACUAGUGGAUUCCGCGUACCGAACGGUGAUGGAAGUCCUUACAAAGUCGGUUUCUAAGUACCAACGGGUGAAGUUGGAUACAAUACCAAUGGAAUAUUGCAUCAAUGCUACUGCCGGCUUCGAUAAGACUUUGGUGCCGAAAUUGAUCAUUCACUUCAAAGAUGGAGCUCGGUUCGAGCCACACUGGAAAAGCUAUAUCAUUGAUGCUGGUGGUGGAAUUAGGUGCCUUGGGUUUUCACCUGCAGGGUUUCCUGGAUUAUCUACAAUUGGAAAUAUUAUGCAACAGAACUAUUUGUGGGAAUUUGAUUUGGAAGGGAAAAAGUUGGGUUUUGCCCCAUCUUCUUGCAAUAAUAGUUAGUGUUCCGUUCCACUUGCACUCGCAUUCUGUUGUUAAUU